UGCUUAAUUUUCCAAAAGGUGCUAUUAAUCUGAAAAACAAAAACAAAAAAAAACCGAAAUAUGAGAGCGCAGCUAAUGCAGCAUCCCGGAUGUAGGGAAGCGACAUCCAGUCGUCGUACGUGCUGGAAGCCGUCAUCCAUACACGCGCAGCUACGUAGGCUGACAUCCACCGAGAGGACUGGUGAGGAGGAGGAGGAAGAAGAAGAGGAGAAGGAAGAGGAGAUGUCUGUGACGGUCUCUGUGUUUGUGUUCUCCUGGGCGGACCGUGCUCCUCUCCGCGUCCCCGGCCCCAGAGACGCUCCGUUCGGAAGAGACGCCUUUAGUCCGGCUUCUUCUCGCGGCGUCGCGCGGCUUCACCGGCCGUCCUAACCAGAUGCCCUCCUCCGCCGGACCGGACCCGCUCAGUUUCACGCCGACCGACCCCAGCGGAGCCUGAGCUCGAAGGAUGCAGGUGAAAAGCCAGAUCUGCACCGAGAGGAGCAGCACGGACGACCCGGAGCAGGAUGACAACCAGAAGAAGACCUCCUGCUUUUCCAACAUCAAGAUUUUCCUGGUGGCGGAAUGCGCGCUCAUGCUGGCACAGGGCACCGUGGGCGCCUAUCUGGUAAGUGUUCUGACGACUCUCGAGAGACGUUUUAACCUCCAGAGUGCCGAUGUGGGCGUCAUUGCCAGCAGCUUUGAAAUCGGCAACCUGGCCCUGAUCCUGUUUGUCAGCUACUUCGGCGCCAAGGCCCACCGGCCCCGGCUGAUUGGCUGUGGGGGGAUCGUCAUGGCAUUGGGGGCGCUGCUCUCAGCUCUGCCAGAGUUUUUGACUCAUCAGUAUGAGUAUGAGGCAGGGGACUCGUGGCAUGCCGAGGACGGCAGGGUCAUCUGCUCCAACAAAACCAGGUCAGAGAAUCGGGACUCUGGUUUUAACUGCGGCAACCGAGCCAACACCAACAUGAUGUACCUUCUGCUCAUCGGAGCUCAGGUUCUGCUCGGCAUCGGGGCCACUCCCGUCCAACCUCUGGGAGUGUCAUACAUCGAUGACCAUGUCCACAAAAAGGACUCUUCAUUGUAUAUAGGUAUCUUAUUUUCAACACUAGUUUUCGGCCCAGCUUGUGGCUUCAUCCUAGGCUCCAUCUGUACCAAAGUCUACGUUGAUGCUGUUUUCAUCGACACCAGUAAGCUGGACAUCACCCCGGAUGACCCUCGCUGGAUCGGGGCGUGGUGGGGCGGCUUCCUCCUCUGCAGUGCCUUACUCUUCCUGUCGGCCCUCUUCAUGUUCGGCUUCCCCCAGGCGCUGGACGAGCAGGACAUGGACGCUCGAGGGGAGAGUGAGCAGGCCAUGCUGCCCACCUCCUUGAGCCUGGAGAGCCAGGACUCUAAACCCAACGGAGACUUUCGUGGCUUCGACAUGAACAGCGGACUCUCGGUCUGGGAGCAUCUGAGAGUGAUCCCCCGGGUAACCAGGCAUCUUCUGUCCAACCCGGUGUUCAGCUGCAUCACGCUGGCUGCCUGCAUGGAGAUAGCUGUGGUUGCUGGUUUUGCUGCUUUCCUUGGGAAAUACCUGGAGCAGCAGUUCAACCUCACCACUUCCUCAGCUAAUCAGCUGCUAGGUAUGACCGCCAUCCCCUGUGCCUGUCUGGGUAUCUUCCUUGGGGGGCUCCUGGUUAAGAAGCUGAACCUCUCAGCUCUCGGAGCGGUCCGCAUGGCCAUGCUGGUCAACCUGGUGUCCACGGCCUGCUACGUCUCUUUCCUCUUCUUGGGCUGUGACACGGGGCCUGUUGCUGGGGUUACGGUGGCCUACAACAAUGAGACGCUGCAGUCGAAGAAGCAACCUGAGUCAGGCUGCAACAGUAACUGCAACUGCUACACUGCCUCAGUGAGUCCUGUCUGUGGCUCCAACGGAGUCACCUACAUCUCAGCCUGCUUCGCUGGCUGCACCAAACCAAACCUGAGCAGCUGUGGGUGUAUACCCAGCAUUGGCGGCGAGAACGAGGCCUCACCGGGGAAGUGCUCCAGCCCCCGCUGUCAGCAUGCGUUCCUUACCUUCCUGUGUGUCAUCUGUGUAUGCAGCAUGAUCGGAGCCAUGGCCCAGACGCCCUCCGUCAUCAUCCUUAUCAGAACUGUAAGUCCUGAGCUUAAAUCAUAUGCUCUUGGAGUUCUCUUCCUCCUCUUGAGGCUGAUAGGCUUCAUCCCUCCCCCUCUGAUCUUUGGUAUGGGCAUCGACUCCACCUGUCUGUCCUGGAGCUCGGUCUGCGGCGAGAAGGGCGCCUGCAUGCUGUACGACAACGUGGCCUACAGGCAUCUGUACGUCAGCAUCGCCAUCGUGCUCAAGUCCUCGGCGUUCCUCCUGUACGCCACCACGUGGCAGUGCCUGAAAAGCAACUACAGGAGGUACAUCAAGAACAACGAGGGCUACCUCACGCCCACCGAACUUUUCGCCUCCAAUGUGACUCUGGACAAUUUGGGUAAGGAGAUUACCCAGAACCCAAGUAACAGGACAAAGUUUAUAUACAACCUGGAGGACCAGGAGACGAGUGACAACAUGGAGUCGGUUUUAUAGUGGCGAUUUACACGAGGCCAGCAGGAUCUGUUAGUGUGCAUCUGAUGUGCAGUCUCUCUCUCUUUCUCUCUCUCUCUCUUGGUGUUGUGCAACAUGUAGAGCGUUGUUCAUCCAAAACAUUAGAUCUGUUAAAAACAGUAACAGGACUUCCAAAAAACAGAAAGAAAAAAAAACAUUCAAAAUCACAAACUGACUUAGUAACGCAUUUAGUCAUUUGUGGUAUUUUUUUUCACCUUUCAGUCUGAAAGCAAUGAAGGGUCAAAUAAAAUGCAGCAGUGUUGGAAACCAAAAGGAUGGUGCUGGUUAGAGAUUCGCAUUCACUCCUCGUUGUCAUGAACGUUAAUGUUGGGUUUUUAGUGAGGCGCAACACCAAAAACUACAUUCUCUUUGAAGUCAUAAAAAAGCUUCUGGCAUAACUCUGCCAGCAUAUUCCACUCUUUCUACAAGAAUUGAUUGAUAGAUUUAGCAUAGCAUUAUGCUAAUGCCAUUAGCACACCAACUUUCUUUGAUCUAUCCCGGUGGGCAGCUGCAAGUUUCAGUCGAGUUUGAAGGCAUCAGUGUUGGUGAGAUGGUUUCAGGUGAACUGAAACAUAUCCAAACUAGUUUUGGUUUGAGUGAUGAAGGCUGGCUUUAAGUUUCGGGAACGGCUCUGACCUCAGCCAUAUUGAAAAUGUAAAAACUAUUUCUGAAGUCUGCUCUGUGGCAAGAAACCAACAUAUUUCAAUGAGCUCCACUAUCUUCGAUGAGCAGAAUGGUCAGAUAUCAAGCUUGUGUGUAUUAUUGUGCAUACAGAUCCAAAUAUUUAAAAUAACUGUAUAAAAUAAUGUAAGAUAACAUGUAUUUACCCCACAUCGUAGUGUUACGAUAACUCUACCGUGACACAGGUGAUUUAAAAGAAACAAAAACAAAAUGAAUAGGACUUUCUUGUCAGUGAUGAACGUAUGUAAAUUUCUGACCAGCACUGUUGAUUUAUAUUAGGGUCAUGCCUACUUUUUAGAUCCGAGUAAAAAAAACUGUUGAGUGUUUCUCAGGUGA